UGCCCGAAGAUGCUGAGCGGCGUCUGGGUCCUCAGCGUGUUAACCGUGGCCGGGAUCUUACAGACCGAGAGUCGCAAAACUGCCAAAGACAUUUGCAAGAUCCGCUGCCUGUGCGAGGAGAAGGAGAACGUCCUGAAUAUUAACUGUGAAAACAAAGGAUUUACAACCGUCAGCCUGCUCCAGCCCCCCCAGUACCGGAUCUACCAGCUCUUCCUCAAUGGGAACCUCCUGACCAGGCUGUACCCCAACGAGUUCGUCAACUACUCCAACGCCGUCACGCUCCACCUGGGCAACAACGGGCUGCAGGAGAUCCGGCCCGGGGCUUUCAGCGGCCUGCGGACCCUCAAGAGGCUGCACCUCAACAACAACAAGCUGGAGGUGCUGCGCGAGGACACCUUCCUGGGCCUGGAGAGCCUCGAGUACCUGCAGGCUGACUACAACUACAUCAGUGCCAUCGAGGCCGGGGCCUUCAGCAAGCUCAACAAGCUCAAAGUGCUCAUCCUCAACGACAACCUCCUGCUGUCACUGCCCAGCAAUGUGUUCCGCUUCGUGCUGCUGACCCACUUAGACCUGAGGGGCAACCGGCUCAAGGGCAUGCCCUUCGCGGGGGUGCUGGAGCACAUCGGGGGCAUCAUGGAGAUCCAGCUGGAGGAGAACCCGUGGAACUGCACCUGCGACCUGCUGCCCCUCAAGGCCUGGCUGGACACCAUCACCGUCUUCGUGGGCGAGAUCGUGUGUGAGACCCCCUUCAGGCUGCACGGCAAAGACGUGACCCAGCUGACCAGGCAGGACCUCUGUCCUCGGAGGAGCUCUGGUGACGCUGGUCAGAGGGGUGGCCAUGGAGACAGCCACAUCCAGAGGCUGUCCCCCACCAUGAACCCUGCCCUCACCCCGACCCGGGUCCCCAAAGCCAGCCGGCCACCCAAGAUGAGAAACCGGCCCACACCCCGGGUCACUGUGUCCAAGGACAGGCAGAGCUUUGGCCCCAUCAUGGUGUACCAGACCAAGUCCCCCAUGCCCCUCACCUGUCCCAGCAGCUGUGUCUGUACCUCGCAGAGUUCAGACAAUGGCCUCAACGUCAACUGCCAGGAAAGGAAGUUCACCAAUAUCUCCGACCUGCAGCCCAAACCCACCAGUCCAAAGAAACUCUACCUGACCGGGAACUACCUGCAGGUUGUGUACAGGAACGACCUCUCCGAGUACAGUUCCCUGGAUUUGUUGCACUUGGGGAACAACAGAAUCGCAGUGAUCCAAGCGGGCGCCUUCGCCAACCUGACCAGCCUGCGCAGGCUGUACCUGAAUGGCAAUUACCUGGAGGUGCUGCACCCGGCCAUGUUCCACGGCUUGCAGAGCCUGCAGUACCUCUACUUAGAGUACAAUGUCAUCAAGGAGAUUAAGCCGCUGACCUUUGCCACCCUGAUCAACCUCCAGCUUCUGUUCCUGAACAACAACCUUCUGCGUGCCCUCCCCGAGAACAUCUUCGGGGGCACGGCCCUCACCAGACUCAACCUGCGCAACAACCAUUUUUCUCACCUGCCUGUCAAAGGCGUCCUGGACCAGCUGCCUGCCUUUAUCCAGAUUGACCUGCAAGAGAACCCGUGGGACUGCACGUGUGACAUCAUGGGCCUCAAGGACUGGACAGAGCACGCCAACUCCCCCGUCAUCAUCAAUGAAGUGACCUGCGAGUCACCUGCUAAGCACGCAGGCGAGAUCCUCAAGUUUCUGGGGAGGGAGGCAAUUUGCCCAGACAGCCCCAACUUAGCUGAUGGCACCGUCCUGUCCAUGAACCACAACACAGACCCACCGCGCUCUCUGAGCGCGUCUCCCAGCUCCUACCCUGAACUCCACACAGAGGUGCCACUCUCUGUCUUAAUCCUGGGGUUGCUGGUGGUCUUUAUCUUAUCUGUCUGCUUUGGGGCCGGUUUGUUCGUUUUCGUCCUGAAACGCCGAAAGGGGGUGCCAAGUGUCCCCAGGAGUGCCAACAACUUAGACGUGAGUUCCUUCCAACUCCAGUACGGCUCCUACAACAGCGAGACACAUGACAAAUCCGACGGCCACGUCUACAACUACAUCCCCCCACCUGUGGGUCAGAUGUGCCAGAACCCCAUCUACAUGCAGAAGGAGGGGGACCCAGUGGCCUAUUACCGCAACCUGCAAGAGUUCAGCUAUGGCAACCUGGAGGAGAAGAAGGACGAGCCGGCCCCCCUCGCUUACACUAUAAGUGCCACCGAGCUGCUGGACAAGCAGGCCACACCCCGAGAGCCCGAGUUGCUCUACCAGAAUAUUGCCGAGCGUGCCAAGGAGCUCCCCAGCACUGGCCUGGUCCACUAUAACUUUUGUACCUUACCUAAAAGGCAGUUCGCCCCCUCGUAUGAAUCUCGACGCCAAAACCAAGACAGAAUCAAUAAAACCGUUUUAUAUGGAACUCCCAGGAAAUGCUUUGUGGGGCAAUCCAAGCCCGACCACCCUUUGCUGCAAGCUAAGCCGCAGUCAGAACCAGACUACCUCGAAGUUCUGGAAAAACGUACUGCAAUCAGUCAGCUGUGA